GAUCGCGGGCUGUUUGCGGGGUAGGUGGUGUGGAUACACUUGCAGGAGUGAUAGUACCCGCCACCGCGCAUGGCGAGGGAUCUGAUCGGGCCAGCCCUGCCGCCAGGCUUCAAGGCCCUGGGGACAUCGGAGGACGAGGAGCGGGACCCCAGCCCGGUUGCAGGACCAGCUCUACCUCCUAAUUAUAAAAGCAGUAGUUCAGAAUCAUCAGACAGCGAUGAGGACAGUAGUUCUUUGUAUGAAGAAGGAAAUCAAGAAUCUGAAGAUGAUGACACUGGUCCACCUGCAAGAAAACAGAGGAGAAAUCAAGAUGAUGAUGAUGAUGAUGAUGAUGAUGAUGAUGAUGGAUUUUUUGGACCAGCCCUUCCUCCUGGAUUUAAAAAGCAGGAUGAUUCUCCUCCGAGGCCUAUAAUAGGUCCUGCAUUACCACCUGGUUUUAUUAAAUCUACACAGAAAAGUGACAAAGGCAGAGAUGAUCCAAGACAACAAGUGUCAUCAUAUUUCAACUCUGAGGAAACAGAUAGCAGUGAAGAUGAAGACAUUGUUGGACCAAUGCCUGCAAAAGGACCAGUUAACUAUAGUGUAACAACAGAGUUUGAAAAAAGGGCCCAGAGAAUGAAAGAAAAGCUGACCAAAGGAGAUUGUGAUUCAGCUAAACCAAUUACAAGGGAAUUAUGGAUGACUGAGCUUCCUCCAGAAUUGAAAGACUUUGGUCUUGGGCCCAGAACUUUUAAGAGAAGAACCGAUGACAAAUCCGGGGAUCGAUCAGUCUGGACAGAUACUCCAGCCGACCGGAAAAGGAAAGCUAAGGAGAUGCAAGAAGGAAGGAAGUCACUCAGUAAGAAGGAUGAAGAACAUAAAUUGUCAGGAAGGGAAAAGAGAUUGGCUGAGCAGGUGUCCUCAUACAAUGAAUCAAAAAGAUCAGAAUCUCUUUUGGACAUUCAUCAAAAAAAAUUAAAGAAUAAAUCUGCUGAAGAUAAAAAUAAGCCCCAAGAAAGAAUACCAUUUGACCGUGAUAAAGAUCUCAGGGUUAAUCGGUUUGAUGAAGCUCAGAAAAAAGCCCUAAUUAAAAAAUCUAGAGAACUAAACACCAAAUUUUCACAUGGCAAAGGCAGUAUGUUUUUAUAAGGGGAUUUCCCUGUGCAAUGAAGAAAAGUUGAAGAACACUCUUAUCUGUUGGUCCACUGUUAUUCCUUUGUUUUAAGUUUCUUAAACUUAUUACAGUUAAAAGAUUAGAGAUUACUUUAGUCUUAAAAACCAUACAAACUCACCUUGUUCUGUGCAUCCUUUAAAGUCAUGCAGAAGCAUAAAAUCUGUGUUUCUUACGUAGAAUAAUAGAAUGUUAUGUGUUUGACUUCUGAGAAAGUAUGGGCUUUUCUUCAAAUAAUUAUUCUGAGGAUUCCCCCCACCGUGCCCUAAUUUUUGUGAUGUCUCCCAAGUGUUCUCUCAGACCCGGUCAGGACUGUCUGAAUCCUGGAUCUCCUCAUUGGAUAUUACUAACCUGCCCUAGAGCAAGUGUGUCCGGUACUUAGAGUAAAUCCAGGAAUUUGAAAUUGGAUAUUCCCUUUCAACUUCAGGGAGUGAAUACACACUUACAUGAAAAUAGAAUAUAUGGAGGUUUUGACUGUUUCUUUAACAGUUUGCUUAUUUGGGUACUCAGGGCUUUUUAUUUGUUGUUUGGGUUUUCUGGUUUUUAAGUCAGAAAGGAAUCUCUGUUAUCUCAUGUUCUAAGGAAAAAGUACUUGAUUUUUUUUCAACUUUAGAUGGGGGGUUGCAAUCUGAGGAACAAGGCAUGCCGUUGACCAUGAGCAUUGUGAAGUCUAAGACUCAGUUCUGUGACCUCAGCCAAAGCUAAGUCUUUAAACUCUGCUUUGAGAUGAUCUUACUUUACCCAUUUUUAUUUAACAGAUUUUAGCUAAUUUAUUGGGGACAAAUCCUUUUAUAUCUAUCAGUCAUGAAUAACCUUUUUUUAAAAAAUGAAACUCUAACCAUAACCACCCUAAUGGAGCAUUAUAAGUUUGUAAUGCUGUAAGUACAGCCUCUUUAGAUGUUAAAUACAAAAUUCUAAAUGGUUAAGGCCUAAAUUCAAAUUCUGUAAGUUAUAUUUUCUUGCAUAUUAAUCUAAACUGUUCUGCUAGUUCUGUGUUCUAGUUUUGAUAAAGCACAAGGUUUUAAUCUUUCUGAUUCUGAUUCUUAGUUCAUUUAGGCUUUAUGAAAAAUUGAGUAAACUGUUCAGAGAAUAGUAAAGAUUAUUCUUCUUUUAAUCAUAGCAAUACAGUGGUAUUUUCAAUAACAUCUAUGUAAACAGUAGCCUACUCAAGGAAUAUUGCUUUUAAAAAGAUGAAUUAUUCUCCUAAGUAAAUUCAUGAAAAGACUUCUUGUUAAACAGAGUUGAACAGAGCUACCUUUUGACUAAAGAUGUCAUUUUUAGUGGAUGGUAUUGUGUAAACACAAAAUUUUGUUGCAAGAGCAUUCAUUACUUUCAUUUAAUUUUGUUACAGUUUUUUUUUCCUCAAAGAAAGGAAAAAAUAUUUUCUAUUUCCUCAUCCUUCUAUAGAUUCCUAACAUAUAUUUUUGGGAAAUCUGGUAUUUUUAAAGUAAAAAUGUCAUCUUUGGAUACUUAUUUUCACUUUGUUUUUAUCCUAAGGGGAUAAGGAUAUUUCUAUAUUACAUACUUACUGUUUCUUCCCUCAUACAUGGAGUGUCCAUGACCUUCGCAAAAGGGGAAGAAGCCUCUUCUUUCCAUGAGCUACAACCUUCCUGCCACCUUGGAUCUAAGGUUCUUUCAUGCCACCCUGAAUCCAGUUUUAAUAAAAUGUAAGAACAGACCAGAGGUCCUUCGCCCAAUGGAGAGUCUAAACCCAGUAUAACAACAGUGACAAUAAAAGAGCAGAGUAACUGCACAGAAUGGAAGGGUAUUCAUUUCAUCUCCUCCUCUCUUCCAGGCUGCAAGAGGCCUGAUUAAAUCAAGUCUCCUAUUAAUCUGGUAGAAAAUUGAGAUUGUUGACAUUUUCUAAUAAGAAUUUUUUAAUAUCCUAUACUUCUUAGCCAAAUUUUAUAGAACUGUGACCCCUUUUGAAAUUUAAAAAAGAGAAACAUACCUGGCUGGGUGGCUCAGUUGAUUGGAGGGUCAUUGCACACCAAAAGGUUGCAGGUUUGAUCCCCUGGCUGGUGCAUACAGGAAGCAACCAACUGAUGGAUCUCUAUCUCUGCCCCCCCCUCCACACCCCCUCCUCUCUCUAAAAUCAGUAAACAUAUCCUUGGGUGAGGAUUUUUUUAAAAAAUGAAGAGAAAGCAACACUAAGUUCAAAAAGUGAAGCAGCUACUUUACAUUUUUUACUGUUAAAGAUGCCAGACAUUUAAGGUCAUUGCACCUGCUAUAAUAUGAUUUUGUUCUCUAAAUAGUCAUCUGAAAUAAAUGUAGAGGCUUCAAAUAAUAACCAUAUUACUGAUAAGUAAAUGGAGGAAUUGGUGGCUAAAUCCAUAAGACUGGUUUAUCAGUUAAACCCUUUCUAUUUUACACAAAAUGUUGUAAGCCCUACUCUCAAAACAAAAGAAAGCAUAUCUUAAUAAAUUUUUAAUCUUACUCAGUGAGAAUAUAAAAUGAUGCGCACUUUUUUAUAUUAAUUAUUUACUGCAAUGUAACAAGUUAUUACAAAAUUUAAGAGCUCAAAGCAACAAACAUCUGUCAUUUCACCGUUUAUGUGGGAUAGGGAUCCAGGAACUGCUUAGCUUGCCACUCAGGAAGGUCAGUGUGUACCUGGGAGUGGUCUUUGGAGGCUCUAGCUGGGAAGGAGAACAAACUUAAUCUUGAUUGGAUAUAGGAACCACGUGACAUUUAAUCACUUGAACAUUUAAUGGUUCUUUGAAUGAAUGGUUUGUUUUACAGGUGAAGUUGAGAUUUGCAUGGUACUGAGGCUUACAUGCUCCAGAUAAACGGUUAUUACAUAAAUUAUUUGAUCCCAAAACAUAGCACAUUUUGUUUCUUAUACAGAGUGGAUAAUGUAUUAUGACCCAGAUAUGCAUGGUCAUGGGAGAUAGUUUUUAAGACUAUUUACAAGAGCCCUUAUCACUCCUCUUUUCAGUUUUUUCAUGGUAAUGUUAGAAGGGAAAAAAUAUCUAUUGAGCUAGAUACCUAAGAGGAAGAAUUAAUAUGAAGGAAAGUGGUUAGAGAUGGUACCCAUGUAACAUCAAAACCAAGUCUUCUAUUUCAGAUAACUUAUUUUACUUUGAUUUCUGAUGCCAUCAUAUCAUUUAAGUCUGCAGUUACAAAAGGUCAUGCAUUUCCUAUUAUAGGAGAGGUAUAUAUUGUAUUUUGCAGCUGAAAAAACUGUGACUGUAGUAUGUAAAAAAUUAAACAGCUAUACACUGCCCAUUUUGAUCUUUUCAUUUUCAAUUUUACAAUUAAAAGACUGUUUUUAGAAAAGAAUAAUUC